GACGUUUUUCAUUUUUUUUUUGCUGGCAACCUGCAAAAACGAAAAAAAGUAAAAAAUAUUAAUCAGCAAUUUAAUCGGAGCAAAAAAAAAAAAAAAACAAUCGUCGUUCAACGAACGGAGGUGUGUGUCUUGUUUUUGUCGUGUUUUCGUCUCAUCAUCAUCAUCGCACGUCACGUAUUCGCAUCGAAUUUUUCGUAAAUAUUUAUAAAAAUAAGGAAAUUUGUUGUUGGAUUGCCACACACAAACUGACUUUGCUCAGCGCGAUUGAAUGACAAAAUGUCGUCUAAACUUGAUCUUUUUGUCGUCUGAUAAGGAAUCCAGUUGCCGUUGUCGUCGUCGUGUGUGAAACAAAAUCGACAAAAAGUUCACCUUUGGACCGUCGUCAGCAGCAUUUUUGGUGUUACUUCUCGGAAAAAAAGUUUAAAUCGAGCUGUCGCAGUGAAGAGACGUAAAAACCAGUGAAAAUUAUAUAACAAAAAUCUAAAAAAAAAAAUUAUUGAGUGACUUUUUUCAUUAAAAAAAAACGCAAAAAAAUUUCUUGCGUCAAAAAUGUUUGGAAAAUUAAUCGGUGCCAUUGACGAGGGCACACAAAGUGCUCGUUUCAUCCUUUUCAAAGCCCAAACGGGCGAAGUAGUCUGCAAGCAUCAACGAGAACUGAAGCAAAUCUAUCCGGGGCAAGAUGGAUGGGUCGAACAAGACCCCUUGGCAAUCGUCGCCGUCGUUCAGGAAUGCAUGGAAAAGUGUUUGGAGAAGCUCGUUGAGAUGGGCGGCGACCCAAAAGAUGUCGUAGCGGUCGGUGUCACAAAUCAACGUGAAACCACAAUCGUUUGGGACAAAGAAACGGGCUUGCCUUUGUACAAUGCGAUCGUUUGGUUGGACCUCCGAACGGCAAGUACCGUACAAAAACUCGUCGAAUCGACGCCCGACAAAAAUGCGAAUCACCUAAAGAAACUUUGUGGUCUCCCGAUUUCGACUUAUUUCUCCGCCGUGAAGAUCCGAUGGCUUUUGGACAAUGUUCCGGCAGUAAAAGAAGCUGCUGAUGCUGGAAGAUGCAUGUUCGGGACCGUGGAUUCAUGGAUUAUUUACAAUUUAACGGGCGGCAAGACGGGCGGAAUUCACAUUACGGAUGUCACGAAUGCGUCGCGUACGAUGCUGAUGAAUUUGGAGACACUCCAAUGGGAUGACGGCUUGCUCGAGUUCUUUGGCAUCCCGAAAUCGAUGAUUUUGCCUGAAAUUCGUUCGAGUUCCGAGGUUUAUGGGGCAAUUAAGGAGGGAAUUUUGAAAAAUACCGUCAUUUCGGCGUGUUUGGGAGAUCAACAAGCAGCUCUCGUAGGACAACAAUGUCUCCAUAAAGGUCAAGCGAAAGCCACGUACGGUACAGGAUGCUUUUUAUUGUACAACACGGGCACCCAAUUCGUCAAUUCCAAAUUUGGAUUGAUUUCAACAGUGGCUUAUCAGGUUAAAGGCGAGCCAGCGAUGUACGCGAUGGAAGGAAGUGUCGCUGUGGCUGGCGCUGCCGUCAGUUGGCUCAAGGACAACUUGAAUUUGCUGAAACACGCGAAGGAAUGCGAAGCGGAAGCACUUUCCGUGAAGGAUAACGGCGACGUGUACUUUGUUCCGGCAUUCAGUGGCUUGUACAGCCCUUGGUGGCGUGGCGAUGCACGAGGAGUAAUUUGUGGAAUCACACUCGACACACAACGAGGACAUUUAAUCAGAGCAACACUCGAAGCAGUUUGCUUCCAAGUUAGAGACGUGUUAGAAGCAAUGAACGCUGAUUGCGGAAUUCCAUUGACUAAAUUGCUCGUUGAUGGAGGAAUGACGGAAAAUAAUUUCUUGAUGCAAUGUCAAUCGGAUAUUAUUGGAAUUGAUGUUAUUAAGCCUGCGAUGGCAGAAACGACGUCAUUGGGCAUCGCAAUGCUCGCAGGUCACGCAGUUGGCGAAUGGGACCUCAACAAAGACACGGGCGUCGAUCAUGUCACAUUUACACCCAAAGCAACCGAUGGCGAGCGUCAACAACGCUACCGACGAUGGAAAAUGGCUGUUGACCGAUCAUUCGGAUGGGCGAGCUUGGAUGUUGCAUGAUAACCGAAAAAAAAAUAAUUUUAUUGUUAUUUUAGCCUAAGAAUUGCUUAGAUUAUAAAAAAUGAUGUACUUUUAUCAGUUAAGUAACGAUAACAAAAUUUAGAGCGUGAUAAGGAGUUAUUUUUAUGACGAUUUUUUAUUAUAAUUGCGCUCUUGUUAAAUUAAUUGCGGCGUAGCUAUUUAAAGAUAUGUUUCUAUUAAUGUAGGGUUAAAUUCCAAUUAAUUAUUUUUUUUAAGUGCCAUAUCUAAAUUUUUGUAAAAUUAUUUCUUCAAGUGAUUAAAUCACUAAAAAAUUAAAAAAAAAAUUAUAAAAAAAUAAAAUAUUUGAAAUAUUGUAUUUUUAGGAAGAAAAAAAAAUAAAAAAAAAAUUGGAAACGAAUUAUUUUAAGAGAAAAAAUUAGACUGCUCAGUCGUUGGAGACACAAAAAAUUGUUCAAUAUUUUUUUUAUUAUUUUAAAUUUUUAUUAUUAAAGAAUCAAGUUAUAUAUUAUGAUAGUUGUAAUAAUAAUGUACAUAAGACAAUUAAUUAAAUAUUCUUAUUUUUAAAAAUUACACAA